AUGUCAGCAGCUGCCUCGCUGUUCCAGUUUGGGUCCGCCAUCACAGCCGCCGCCCCAGCUGCCACCACUACCGCCACCACAGCCGCCACCUCGCCCUUCGCCUUCGGUGCUAAGCCAGCCGGCGGUGGGUUUGGUGAGGCAGCCGCCACGGCCAACAAGCCUUCCUCCGCCUUCUCCUUCACCCCUGCGGCCGCCGCCCCCACCCCCGCCUCCAGCGCCUUCUCCUUCACGGCCGCCACACCUGCCACCACCUCCGCCGCCGCCACCUCCGCCCAGCCCUUCCAGUUUGGCGCCAAGGCCGCCGCUCCCGCCGCCGCCCCCGCUGCUGCCUCCGCCAGCCCCUUUAGCUUCUCUGCUGCCGCCCCAAAGCUCAGCUUUGGGGCGGCCGGGGCGGCGGCCUCACCACCCCCUCCAGCAUUUGGCGGGGCAUCGACAACAGGGUUCGGCCAGCCAGCCGCCGCUGCCGCCACCACGGCUGCCACAGCAAGCUUCGGUGCCCCGGCGGCCACUUCACCCUUCGGUGGGGCGGCGGCUGCCCCGUCCUUCACCCCCAGUUCCUUUAACUUUGGGUCAGCAGCCUCCGCUGCCCCCGCUGCUGCCAGCAACCAGCCGCCGGCCUUUGGGGCGGCUACCAGCACCUUCCCUGCAACACCGGCCGCCAGCACCUUCCCGGCAUCCCCGGCCGCCAGCACCUUCGCAGCAGCCCCGGCCGCCAGCACCUUUGCAGCAGCCCCGGCCGCCAGCACCUUUGCAGCAGCCCCAGCCGCCAGCACCUUUGCAGCAGCCCCGGCCGCCAGCACCUUUGCAGCAGCCCCAGCCGCCAGCACCUUUGCAGCAGCCCCGGCCGCCAGCACCUUUGCAGCAGCCCCAGCCGCCAGCACCUUCCCGGCAGCCCCGGCAGCCUCCCAGCCCUUCCAGUUUGGCCAGGGUGCGGCGGCCCCUGCCCCCACAUUUGGGUCACCAGCAGCCAGCCAGCCGCCACAGGGGCCUUUGGGGGUGUUCCAGUUUGGCGGCCGCCCCCACCCCCUCCUUCACCCCCGGCAACAACCCCACGCCAGGCACGCGGCGGCCCAGGGCCAGGCCGCCACGACGCCACCGCUAGGCCGCCACUGA